AUGUACGUCUACCGUCUGAUGAAGCCGUCAGAGAUCAAGUCUACCCUGGUCAGCCGCACGGUGUACGUCCUGUGGCCGGACGAGGAGCAGGCCAAUGCGACGUGGUACAGGGCUCGCGUGGACGAGUGCAAGGUGGCGUCCAAGAAAGGCGACCUGUACUAUGAGGACACCGACGAGCUGGAAACCGGGGCUGACCUUGCUGACCUGGUGUAUCAGGGUCACAUAGCCUUUCGUGAGCCUCGACCCCUUCAUCACGAUCUGGGGAGGGACGAGGUGGGCCUCGACGCGCCUUACACAGGGCGGGCACUGGAGGAGAGGCUGGGCCACCUGCCCGUCACGGCAGCCAGUGCGAGCCCCGAGAGCAGCAUCUCAGACGCAGGGGCGCGUGACAACAGCGCAGAAGACUCAGAUUUCGAGGUGGAGGCGGCCAGGGAGCGGCAGAGCGGCUCAAAGCGCCGUAGGGCCUCCACUGGGGAGGAAGAUUCUGAUGGGGAACAGGUGGGCAGCCCCUCGGCCUCUGAGGAUGACGACGCCGACGGCUCUGGCUCGGACGAGGUCCCACUCGUGGCUCGGGCGGCCAAGAUGGAGCGGCGGCGAGCCUCCCGGGGCGGGGCAAGGGGGAAUGACGGCGACGACGACGACGAGGAUGCCGCGGAGCGCGCGGCACAGAAACUGCUCCGGCAGGCGCAGGGGGGCGCGUCGGGCACGCCGCGCAGCAAGCCCCAGGGCCCCUCUGACUUCUACGGGUCUGGCACGCCCCGACGGCACCAGGCAGACCACCUGUCGGAUGCGGGCGUUCGGCAAGGGCUCGAGCAGGCACUGGAGCUGGCGGUGGGGGAGGCCGCGGUCCGGGGCGAGCAGUGCCCUUUGACCUCGGGUCAGGUGGCGGCGGCGGUGGAGGCGGCCCUGUUCCGGCUGCACGGCGGGACAUCGCGUGAGUACAAGACCCGGUACCGCACGCUCCAAUUCAACCUGAAGGACCCCGCCAACCCAGAUCUGCGUGGCGAGGUGAUGGCGGGGCGCCUGGCCCCGGAGAAGCUGGUCACGCUGUCUGCCACCGAGCUGGCCAACAAGGAGCUGACCGAGUACCGUCGGAGGAAGGAGGAGGAGGCUCUGAAGAUGGCGGUGCUGGACGCCGAGGCGGCGGCCAGGUUCUCCACGGCCGCCGCGCUGGAGACGCGGGAGAGCCAGCCGCGAAAGGAGGCGCAGGAGGCGGCCGUGCGCGAGGCGCGCGGCGGCGAGGCAGCCCGGGCCGUGGGCGAGGCCGCCGAAACACCGGACGCAGGCUCCAGCCCGCCUGCGGAGGAGCCUGGCGCCGGAGAUGCCGCAGGCGAUGCUGUCGCCGGCGCCGCCAGCAUGGAUGCCGGCGUGCUGGACCACGACCGCAACCCCGUGCCGGAGCUGGAGCCGGGGGCCGACGGCUCCGUGCUGGUGACCCUGGAGGGCCUGGCAGGGGCCGUAUCCCCUGCCCUCCUCCUGGGGGAUCGUGACGUGGAGGUGCGUGGCCGCGUGACCCUGGCGCGGCUGGAGGAGUUCCUGCUGGACCUGCGCCACUCGCGCCACCGCGCCGUCAGCGCGGGCGUGGCGGGGCUGGCACCGGGGGCCUCGCCCCGCGAGGCCGGCCUCUGGGCCGACCUGCUGGCCCUGGAUGAGACGACCCGAGCUGCUGAGGAUGAGGACGAGGAUGAGGAGGGUGCCGAGUCAAUACCGGGUGGUGACCCGUCCACGAAGCCCAAGCUCCUCCCGGCGCUCACAGCAUUUCAGAGUGUGUCUGGGCCUCCCGCCUUCCUGAAUCCCGAGGGGAAGGGCGGUGGCAGGGGCGACGGCUCCUGGGACGUCAGCAAGAUGGCACCCAAGCUCAAGGAGGAGGCGGCAGCGGCGGGGCCUGGCGUCAUCAAGGCAUCAGCCGUGCAGUAUCGUGGGGGCGAGGGGCCCACGCCUGUCUCGGCUGCAGCCAUCGCCCUCCUUGGAGGCGGUGAAAAGCCGGAUCGUGGCAAGCCCAGCAAGGCCAUGGGUGUGGAGGAAUUCCUGGACAAGGGCGCUGGAGGAGCGGUGCUGCCCAGGAAGAGGCAGGAGCGCAAAGACAGGGAGAAGGACAAGCGCAGCAAGGGCCAGAGCUCGCACGCCGCCUGGAAGUCGGAGGCGGAGAUGGUGCUGCGCCAGCAGUACGACUGA